UCUCUCCUACAGUAUUUGCGUACAUUUUGAGUGUUUGUCCGAAGAAAAUUUGAUAAUACAGCACCAUAAUUUUGACCCACCAUCUCUUUUUUUUUUAUUGAAAAGUAAACACACACAAAAAAUAAAAAAAAUUAACCUUUUCAUUUUGUGAAAUCUUAUUGGUAGCAUUAAAGAUCAGAAUUUCAUCAUCUAGAUCUGAGGGAAGAGAGAAUCAAGGGUUUCCCAUUUUUGAUUUUCUCUAUCUUUAAUUUUCAAGGAAAAAAAUCCCAUAUUUUUUAAUAAUUCUUUUUGUACAAGUUUUUCCUAAUAAUAGAUCGAUUUUUUGAGAAAAUUUAGGAGUACCCAGAAAAGUUAGGAGAGAUAUUGGAAAUGGGUAAUGAAGAAAAUGGAGGGUCAAAUGGGUUUGAAAGUGUUAGAUUGCAUAUCAGCAAGAACAAAUAUAGGAGAAUGGAUUCAUCAGAUUUGGGAGAAUCAGAUGUGAAUUCAGAAAAUGAAGCACAAAAUCUCAGAAAAACUAGUACCAGAAAAUAUGUCAUGGCUUCUGCUGUUUUCGCCUCUCUUAAUUCUGUUCUCCUUGGCUAUGAUGUUGGGGUGAUGAGUGGAGCAGUGCUAUUCAUUCAAGAGGACUUAAAAAUAUCAGAUGUGCAAGUCGAAGUUCUGAUCGGAAUCCUAAGCAUAAUAUCGUUAUUAGGCAGUUUAGCUGGUGGGAAAACGUCAGAUGUUAUAGGUAGGAAAUGGACGAUGGCUUUAGCAGCCAUUGUUUUCCAAACCGGUGCUGCUAUAAUGGCGUUAGCUCCAAAUUUUGGGGUAUUACUCACAGGAAGGCUUUUUGCUGGGGUAGGAAUUGGUUUUGGUGUCAUGAUAGCUCCUGUCUACAUAGCUGAGAUAGCACCAGCAAUUGCAAGAGGGUCAUUGACAUCUUUUCCUGAGAUUUUCAUAAACUUUGGAAUUCUUUUGGGUUACAUCUCAAACUAUGUCUUUUCGGGUCUUCCUGCUCAUAUAAACUGGAGAAUCAUGCUUGGUGUUGGGGUUCUCCCUUCAAUUUUCAUUGGUGGUGCACUCUUUAUCAUUCCUGAAUCCCCUCGAUGGUUGGUUAUGCAAAACCGCAUUGAUGAAGCAAAGGUUGUUCUUCAGAAAACUAUCGAUAAUGAAAAGGAAGUUGAAGAGAAAUUGGAAGACAUACAGAAAGCUGCUGGAACCAUGGAUUCUGAAAAGUAUGAACAGAAGGCAGUGUGGAAGGAGCUCCUGCAUCCUACUCCAGCUGUCAGGAAGAUGUUAAUUGCCGGGUGUGGAAUUCAGAUUUUCCAGCAGAUAACAGGGAUCGAUACCGUUGUAUAUUACAGCCCUACAAUAUUUAAGAAUGCAGGAAUAACUAACAACACUCAGCUUCUUGCUGCAACUGUUGCUGUCGGGUUCACAAAAACUCUCACUAUAUUAAUUGCUAUCUUUCUCAUUGAUAAUCUAGGUAGAAAGCCUUUGCUUUAUGUGAGCACAAUUGGUAUGACCACUUGUUUGUUAGGGCUUAGCCUAAGUUUAGCUGUGCUUGGCCAGGAACCAAUUGGUAUAAGAUUGGCUUUGUUUUUUGUUUGUGGAAAUGUGACAUUCUUUUCUGUGGGGAUCGGUCCAAUAUGCUGGGUUUUGUCCUCAGAAAUUUUCCCUCUUAGGCUUCGAGCUCAGGCAUCAGGUCUUGGUGCAGUUGGAAGUAGGGUUAGCAGUGGAUUAAUCUCGAUGUCCUUCCUUUCAGUCACUCAUGCAAUCACUGUGGCUGGAACCUUCCUUGUAUUUGCUGUUAUCUCAGCCUUGUCUAUUGUUUUUGUUUAUAAGUGUGUGCCUGAAACGAAAGGGAAAUCAUUGGAAGAGAUCGAGGUGAUGUUUGAUGAAGAUGUACAACCGGGAGGUAAAUUGGAGCUUGCAGAUACAGCGAAUCUUGUGCGAAAAGAACCAAAUGUAGCAUAAUUUAUCACUUCAUAUGAAUUGGUUGAGAUUUGGGAGUUGAACAUUUGCUAAAAUGGACUGUAUAGUCCUUACACAACAGAGGAGCCUGGGAACUUCAUUUUCUGAGCUAGCUUAUGCUUCCUGUAUGGAUCCAGGCGAUGCGCCGAGGGCUAGAAGGCCCUUUAGCAGAGUUUAAAAUUGUUCUAUGGAGGUUAUACUAUUAUUGUUUGCGGAUGAUGAGAAAUUAGUAGUUUGCACAGUUUUUAUAAAGGGAGAGUGCUUCAUCAAGUGGGUUGGUGUAUGUAAGUUGAUUUGAUUUGGUUUCCUCCAAAUGAAGAAUAUUAUAGGAUCGAGUACAUGUAUCACACAUUCUUUCUAUGAUUUAUUAAAUUCCUACAUUUUUUCCAACAA